UCGCGCUAUCCGGCACUGUCCCUCGUCUCCGGAGACUUUGUGAUGGCUGUCCGUUUGUCUAUGAUUUGGGUGUCUCUCCUGCUUUUGGGCACUUCCAUUGACGUCACGGGCGCCAAGCGUUUGGAUCGUAAAGUUUCGGACAAUCGAAUUGUGGGUGGCCAGGAGGCGGAAGACGGGGUGGCCCCUUAUCAGGUAUCCAUUCAGACCACCUGGAAAACACACAUCUGCAGCGGAGUCAUUCUCGAUAAAGAGUGGAUCCUAACGGCCGGCCAUUGUGCACUGGACUUUAGCAUCGAGGAUCUGCGGAUUAUAGUGGGCACAAAUGAUCGCCUGGAUCCGGGUCAGACCCUUUUUCCGGAUGAGGCCCUGGUCCAUUGUUUGUACGAUGUUCCGUAUGUCUACAACAAUGACAUAGCCUUGAUUCAUGUCAACGAGUCGAUUAUCUUCAAUGAUCGCACCCAAAUCGUUGAGCUGAGCAGCGAUCAACCGCCGGCGGGAUCCGUGGUUACUUUGACGGGUUGGGGUGCUCCGGAAAGUAGUUUUCCCACGGUGCAGCAUUUGCAGACCAUCAAUCUGACCAUAAUCGAUCACGAGGAGUGCCGGGAGCGAUGGGACUACCACAACGGCAUCGACAUUGGUCACAUCUGCACAUUCACGCGGGAUGGCGAGGGAGCCUGCUCCGGGGACUCUGGAGGUCCCCUGAUGUGGGAGGGCAAAGUGGUGGGCCUGGUCAACUGGGGACGAGCCUGCGGCGUUGGCAUGCCAGAUAUGUAUGCCAACACAGUUUACUACCAGGAUUGGAUCCGAAGGACUCGCACAGGAUGCAAAAAUCGUGUUACCUAAAUGAGGUCAAAGGAAUGGUGCCAUGAUGUAUAUUGUCAUGAAUAUGUGAAAUAUAUUUAUUGAUCAAAACAA